CGCAGAGAUGUAGGCGGGGAUGGGGUAGAUUAACGUAGGCGGAGUGUAAGGAGGGAGGUGGACCCCAAUUAUUCUCGGGACAUGCCUUCCCCACGUGACCUGGGCUCCCAGUCUUCAGGCCCGGGCUCCUGGCCGGGGCUGCUCUUGGAUAUCUCUCAUUGGGGCGUCCUAUCUGCCCACAGCCUCCCUAGGAGGCUUCCUCGUCCAGGAUCCUCCUAUCCCCCUCUCCGCCCUCCGCAGUGAUAAGUGGGGCUUCUCAUGGGCCUCAUUUCCUCCCCAGGACCUCGGCCUCUCGUGGCCUCUGCUCUGCCCCCGAGGAGGAGACUAUGGCCUCCGGACUGACCGCCAGGCCAGGCCAGGAAUCGGUGACAUUGCAAGAUGUGACUGUGGAAUUCACCUGGGAGGAGUGGAUGUACUUAAACCCAUCUCAGAAGAAGUUGUACAGGGAGGUGAUGCUGGAGAACUAUAGGAACCUUGUCUCUUUGGGAUUUACAAUUUCCAAACCAGAUGAGAUCUAUCAGUUGGAAAGAAAAGAAACAUCCUGGAUGCCCGAGGCAGAUAAUCCAAAAAGCAGCUGCCCAGGAAGCAAUCAAUUUACUGAAGAGAAGUCUUAUGAAUGUCAUGAAUGUGGGAAGGGAUUCAGGAGUAAGACACAACUUGCUGUGCAUCAGAGUAUUCAUACAAGAAAGAUUCUUUAUGAAUGUAAGGAGUGUGGAAAGGCUUUCCUCUACAAAUCAGAACUUAGUGUACACCAGAGAAUUCACACUGGAGAGAAACCUUAUGAAUGUAGUGAAUGUGGGAAGGCCUUCAAUAGGAAGUCAUAUCUUACUGAACAUCAGAGAAUUCAUAUUGGACAGAAACUUUACAAAUGUAGUGACUGUGGGAAGGGCUUUAAUAGGAAAUCACAUCUUACUGAUCAUCAGAGAAUUCAUACUGGAGAAAAUCACUAUGAAUGUAAAGAAUGUGGGAAGGCUUUCCCUGUAAAGUCAUAUCUUACAAAACAUCAAAGAAAUCAUAGAGCAGAGAAACCUUUUGAAUGUAGUGUUUGUGGGAAGGCCUUCAGGGCUAAGGAGUAUCUUACUGUACAUCAGCGAAUUCAUACAGGAGAGAAACCUUAUGAAUGUAGUGAAUGUGGGAAGGCCUUCAAUAGGAAGUCACAUCUUACUGUACAUCAGAGAAUUCAUAUUGAACACAAACUUUAUAAAUGUAGUAAAUGUGGUAAGACCUUCAGGCAUAAGACACAAUUGACUCUGCAUCAGAGUAUUCAUAAUGGAAAGAUUCUUUAUGAAUGUAAGGAGUGUGGAAAGGUUUUCCUCUACAACUCAGAAUAUGUUCUACAUCAGAGAAUUCAUACUGGAGAGAAACCCUAUGAAUGUAGUGAAUGUGGCAAGGCCUUCAGUAGGAAGUCACAUCUUACUGAACAUCAGAGAAUUCAUACAGGAAAGAAACUUUAUGAAUGUAGUGAAUGUGGCAAAGCCUUUAAUAGGAAGUCACAUCUUACUGAACAUCAGCGAAUCCAUACUGGAGAGAAUCAUUAUGAAUGUAAGGAAUGUGGAAAGGAUUUUCCUCUAAAGUCAUAUCUUAGAAAACAUCAAAGAAAACAUAAAACAGAGAAACUUUAUGAAUGUAUUAUUUGUGGGAAGGCUUUCAAGAAGAACUCGCAUCUUACUGUACAUCAAAGAAUUCAUACUGGAGAGAAACCUUAUCAAUGUAGUGAAUGUGGAAUGGCCUUCAGAAGCAAGGCAAAUAUUACUGUGCAUCAGAGCGUUCAUAAGGGAGAAAAACAUUUUGAAUGUAAGGAGUGUGGAAAAGCUUUCUUUUACAAUUCAGUACUUAUUGUACAUCAAAGAAUUCAUACAGGAGAUAAAUCUUAUAAAUGUAGUAUAUGUGGGAAGGCCUUCUGCCAGAAUGCAAAUCUUGCCGUGCACCAGAGAAUUCAUAAUGGAGACAUACCUUAUGAAUGUAGUGAAUGCAGGAUGGUUUUCAGGGUUAAGAGACAACUUACUCAGCAUCAGAUAAUGCAUACUGGAGAGAAGCCUUAGGAAUAUCAUUAAUGUGGGAAGGUUUUCAGGAGGCAGGCUUAUUUCAUUAUGCAGCAGAGAUUUCAUACUGGUUAAAAUCCUUAUGAAUGAAAAGCAUGUGGGAAGGCUUCCCUUUAAAGUCAUAUCUUAGAAAACUUCAAAGAAAUCAUAGGAUUGAGAAAUCUUAUGUAUGUAUUUAUAAAUGGAAAGGCCUUCAAUAAGGAGUCAUAUCUUACUGUGUAUCAAAAUUCAUACUGGAGAGAAACCUUUUGAAAGUAGUGAAUGUGGGAAGUAAACUAAACUGAGAACACAUCUUUAUGUUCAUCACAGAAUUCAUAUGUGAGAGUUUCCUCAUGAAUGUAAAUAGUGGGAAGACCACCACAAGAAUUCAUGCUGGUGAAGAUCCUUAUGAAUGUGGAAAGAUUUUUAGAAGUGAGCCACAAUUUACUGUACAUCAGAGCGUUUAUACUUGGAAAAAAGUCUUGUGAAUAUGGGAAGGCACAAUUAACUGUGCAUCAAAAAUUUAUACUGAGAAGAUUCUUUAUGAAUAUAAGGAACAUGAGAAAGUCUUCCACUACAACUCAGAGCUUAUUGUACAUCACAGAAUUCAUAUGAAUGUACUCUGUGGAUAGACCUUCCUUCUGAUUUUAGAACUUACUCAACAUUAGAACAUUGAUACUGGAGAGGGACCUUAUGAAUGUAAUGAAUGUGGAAGACCUCCAGACUGAAGACACAGCUUUCUCAGCAUCAACUAAUCUAUUCUGCAUAGAAUCCUUAUGGAUUUUACAAUGUAUGUGGGAAGGCAUUUUGAGUGAGGACGCUAUUCUGGUGUUCAUUGGAGUUCAUCCUUUGCAGAAUCUUUCUGAAUAUAAGGAGUGUGGGAGGGCCCCAUAACUGUCUAGACUGAUUCUGAGUCCUUUCUAAGUUUAGAGUUCUUUUUUAGUCCCUGUGAAGGGAGAUGUUCUUUUCUGUAGAACCAUCUAAAGGAAGAAAGAUUGUAACCUUCCAGUGGCCUUCCACUAUGAAGAGGAUGUGAUAGUUGAGACAGAGGAUUUUGAGUGGGUGGUGGUAUUGGAAUAGCUUUGAUAUUUAACUGAUCCCUGGGUAGGUAGCAUGCAAGAGUCACAUGGUUGACCUCUUGGCUGUCAGAUGCGCAUGGUGUGUGAUAACUUCUCUGCUUAUCUACUGGCCUGCAACCUGGGCAGAGUAGCCAACACUGCUAUAGAUUUCUCCCCAUAGAUUCUCCAGCACAUUGCGGUACCUUGCACGCCUUGGCAUCUGUGCUCAGCUGCUUGCAGUUGGCCUUUCUCCCUCCAUGUCUGAUUGAAACAGAUCUUUUCUGGUGAUCUUUGAAAUUAUCUUCUGCUGGUCAUUUGUUACACUUCCAAUAUUCAUGGUUUCUGCCAGUCUAGAACUAAUUCAGAGGCUGGAUUUGGUAAUUAGUGCGAGGAUCAUGGGAGGUCAGAAAGAAACAUGUGCCAUCUCUCUGACAUCUUGGCUCCGACCCACCCUUGAUGUGUGAUAAAUAUUAGUUGGCUGUGCUUGAGGAAGGUAUCAUAAUCUGAGUUGUAUUCCUGAUGUUGCUGGUACUGUUUCUGCUCAUAUUCAUAGGAUAACUACUGAACCAAACAGAUUUGGAAUCACAUUAAUUUUUCAAAAGCUAUUAAUGGUCUAUUGCAGAUGUUGACAUGAUUUCUGCCCAAUGUUCUGAAUGUCAAAGUAAAAGAAUUCAGUGAAAUGUUGGUAAACAGCAAGGAUAAUUUAUUUUUUUUAAGAUAGCUACAGGCCUUGUUGCCUAAUUAAAGAAGAAUGGGAUUCUCAUUGUGGUCAAAGGAUAUGAAUGGGGAUUUUCAGAAGAAAUAAAAAAGGAGCAGCUAGGUGACACGGUGGAUAGAGCACUAACCCUGAAGUCAAGAGGACCUGAGUUCAAAUCUGGCCUCAGACACUUAAUACUUUCUGGCUGGGUUAACCUGGGCAAAUCACUUAACCCCAAAUGCCUCAGCAAAAAAAUAAAAAAAAUUUAAAAAAAAUAAAAAAAGCAUCAUAGGAAAAAAAUGUUCCAACUUACUGUUGAUUAGAGAAAUGCAAAUAAAAACUCUAAGAUUACUCAUUCUGACAGAUGUGAAAUGUUAUGUGUUGAGAUAAAUGAUUGAUUCUGGAGAAGUUGUAGAAAAAUAAAAACACUAAUGCAAUUUCAUAAGUGUCCCAACUAUUCUGCUGAACAAUUUGGACCUAUGUCCAGAAGCCUAAACUGCAUUCCUAAACUGCAAACCUAAAAAAACUGCAUCCUCUUUUAUCCACACUGCUUGGUUUGUAUGCCAAAGAGAUCAAAGCAAAAAGGAAAUGGACCUAUGUGUAGGAAAAUGUUUUUAGCAGCUCUUUUUGUGGCAGUAUAGGAAAUUGAGGGAAUGUUUAUCAUUUAGGGAGUGGCUGGAUAAAUUGUGGUUUAUGGUUUUAGUGGAAUACUAUUUGAUAUAAGAAAUGAUAGAUAGUAGCUCAGUGGCUUAGUGGAUAGAACAUUGUGCCUGUAGUCAGUAAAUCCUGAAUUCAAAUAUGACUUCAGAUACUUAAUGUCUCUGUGGUUCUGGACAAGUCAUUUAAUCUGUUUGCCUUAAUCUAUUGAAGAAUUUGUAAAACCAUUCCAAGUCUUUGCCAAAGCAGUUUCCAUAAUGGGAUCAGGGACUCCAUUGAAUCACUACACAACAACAUGAGGGGGAUGAUUUCAGAAAAACCUAUGAAGACCCAGUGAAUUGAUAUGGAAUGAAUGAAUUGAGCAGAACCAUAUCGUCUUUGUACAUGGUAACAGCAAUACUGUAAUGGUGAUCAACUGUUAAAGAUUUAGCUACUCUGAUAAUGAUUAUUACAAAGGACUCAUGAUGAAAUACAAUCUAUAUCCAGAGAACAAACUGAUGAAGUCAAUGUAAAUAAAAGUAUAAUUUUUAAAAACUA